UGAGUUAUGCCCCUUGAUUCGGUCGCUUUCCUCACUUGUUAGUAAAUAGAUUGAAGCAAUGUGACUUCUGCUAAGGCGAACGGGGAGCUGAUGUAGGCUCGUUGUAGCAGACUUAAACCUGAGCCACGGACACAUAGCUGACAUUCUCCUACAGGCUUCCAAAAUGAAGAGUGAAUACGAGCGUCAGUUCUCUCCAGUGGACCCAGAACUUUGUGAAAUUAUCUAUGAGGCCAACAAACACUUUCGUACCCUCCGCCGCAAGCAUGAAUAUGAACACACACCUUUGGGUAUUAAUAACUAUAAAAAUAAUAUGCAGGAUGGCGAAGAAUCCGGCCAGCAGCUACCCUUCUUAAAAAAACUGAUGCGUCGCUCCAACUCCACAGAAAGGCUCACAUAUACCGGUUAUUAUCAUACCAAGAAGCAUCCUCGAAGAUCAAAGUCUGCUGAUAGGUCAUUGUUGUACCAGAAAUAUGACAGAAAAGCCGCAGAAGAACCAAAGCUUACUCGCACGUCUGUAAAAACUGAAAACCAAGAAAAGACAAAUUCAAGCAAACCGAAGAUACGAAUUAAACUUCCACCAUUUGUGGCAUAUGGAAGUGGUUGCUCUGGUCGAGAAAUGGGAGAUUUGAAGACGCAUAACGUAAAUGCAUCAAGCCAGCCACACAAGAAUGUUGUUCAACCAGGUCUUUUUAAUGGUGUAAUAAGAGCAGAUAGAUUGAAGCCAACAGAAACAACUAACCGAACCAGAUCACCAUCCCCAUUAACCGAUAUGGAAAGGAGCCACCAUUCAGACACUGGUACAUGGCUUUCAAAAGAAACAGCUCCUGAUUGGAAAACAGAAUAUAGCAGUAACUUUUGUUCUUAGGGUCCAUUGAAAAUCUCUGUCCAUUUUAAUAUCUUCACUCUCUGUAUAUUAGGAGUCAGCUGUGUUUUUUUUUCGUUUUCUUUCUCAUCUCUUCUAUAUUGAAUGGUUUUUCUUUAUAUUUGGGUUUCUUGUAUUUGUUUUUUUUUUUUCAA